ACCCAAUGGAAGUGAUAUGGCAACACCGCUUUGGUAGAAUCCUCUGUCAAUCGUCAAAAUUGUAGAAAAAGCUACGUCAUUCACGUCAGAAAACUAACGAUCGUCUUCAUUUAGAACUGUUCAUUCGUGUGGUUUAUUGAGAUUUUGCAUACAUAAAAAUUAAUUUUAGUCAUUGAAAAUACAAUUUAGUGUACGCAUUAGUUAACAUUUACAUAUAUUAAUUGUGAGAAUGGCCGAUGUACAUCAAGGCAACCCCGAUGAUCUGGCCACCGCGAUACUGCGCAAGAAGGACCGUCCGAACCGUCUGAUCGUUGAGGAAGCCGUGAACGAUGACAACUCGGUGGUGGCCCUCUCCCAGGGUAAAAUGGACGAGCUGCAGUUGUUCAGAGGCGACACGGUCCUCCUGAAGGGCAAGCGCCGUAAGGAGACGGUCUGCAUAGUACUGUCCGACGACACUUGCAGCGAUGAGAAAAUUCGCAUGAACAGAAUCGUCAGGAACAAUUUGCGUGUGCGUUUGUCCGAUGUGGUUUCCAUCCAGCCCUGUCCGGACGUCAAGUAUGGAAAGCGGAUCCACGUUCUUCCUAUCGAUGACACUGUUGAGGGGCUCACUGGAAACAUGUUUGAAGUGUACUUAAAGCCAUACUUCCUGGAAGCAUACAGACCUAUCCACAAAGAUGACGUGUUUGUGGUUAGAGGUGGAAUGAGAGCCGUGGAAUUCAAGGUCGUUGAAACAGAGCCAUCUCCGUACUGCAUAGUGGCCCCAGACACCGUCAUCCAUUGUGAGGGGGACCCGAUCAAGCGUGAAGAGGAAGAGGAGGCAUUAAAUGCCAUUGGAUACGACGACAUCGGAGGCUGCAGACGUCAACUGGCUCUGAUCAAGGAGAUGGUGGAGCUGCCACUGCGUCACCCUAGUCUGUUCAAAGCGAUCGGCGUGAAGCCCCCUAGGGGCAUAUUGAUGUACGGUCCCCCAGGUACCGGUAAGACCCUGAUAGCGCGUGCCGUCGCCAACGAGACAGGCGCGUUCUUCUUCUUGAUCAACGGACCGGAGAUCAUGAGCAAGUUGGCCGGCGAAUCGGAGUCGAAUCUGCGCAAAGCGUUCGACGAGGCUGACAAGAACUCUCCAGCUAUCAUCUUUAUCGAUGAGUUGGACGCUAUUGCACCGAAACGUGAGAAGACUCACGGAGAGGUAGAGCGUCGUAUAGUCUCGCAACUGCUCACGCUCAUGGACGGCAUGAAGAAGAGCUCUCACGUGAUCGUAAUGGCGGCCACGAACAGACCCAACUCGAUAGAUCCGGCCCUGAGACGUUUCGGACGUUUCGACAGAGAGAUCGACAUCGGCAUACCGGACGCAACUGGCAGAUUGGAAAUCCUCCGUAUACACACGAAGAACAUGAAGCUGGCGGAUGACGUCGAUUUGGAACAGAUCGCAGCUGAAACUCAUGGACACGUUGUAAUUUCAUUUCUAGGCGCGGACUUGGCGUCUCUCUGCUCGGAAGCCGCUCUCCAACAGAUCAGGGAGAAGAUGGACCUCAUCGAUCUGGACGACGACCAGAUCGAUGCCGAGGUGCUGAGCUCGCUAGCGGUGACCAUGGACAACUUCCGGUAUGCGAUGUCCAAGAGCAGUCCCAGCGCGCUCAGGGAGACCGUCGUCGAGGUGCCGAACGUCACGUGGGACGACAUCGGUGGCUUGCAGAACGUCAAGAGGGAGUUGCAGGAGUUGGUGCAGUAUCCAGUGGAGCAUCCAGACAAGUUCCUAAAGUUCGGCAUGCAGCCAUCUCGCGGUGUCCUCUUCUACGGUCCACCCGGUUGCGGUAAGACACUGUUGGCCAAGGCCAUUGCCAACGAAUGUCAAGCUAACUUCAUCUCAGUCAAAGGACCUGAACUGCUGACGAUGUGGUUCGGUGAGUCCGAGGCCAACGUCAGGGAUAUUUUCGAUAAGGCUCGAUCAGCUGCGCCGUGUGUAUUAUUCUUCGACGAAUUAGAUUCUAUUGCGAAAGCGAGAGGUGGCAAUGUUGGCGAUGCAGGCGGAGCUGCAGAUAGAGUUAUCAAUCAGAUUCUCACAGAAAUGGACGGCAUGGGUGCCAAAAAGAACGUGUUCAUCAUUGGUGCAACAAAUAGGCCAGACAUCAUCGAUCCCGCUAUCCUGCGUCCCGGGCGUCUCGACCAGCUGAUCUACAUCCCGCUGCCGGACGAAAAGUCGCGUGAGGCAAUCUUCAGAGCGAACCUGCGCAAAUCUCCCGUGGCCAAGGACGUCGAUAUGGGCUACAUCUCCAAAGUGACGCACGGGUUUUCUGGUGCCGAUCUCACAGAAAUCUGCCAGAGGGCGUGCAAGCUGGCGAUCAGGCAGAGCAUCGAGGCGGAGAUUAGGAGAGAAAGGGAAAGAGCGGAGAAUCCGAAUCACGCCAUGGAUCUGGACGAGGAAGAUCCAGUACCAGAGAUCACGCGCGCCCACUUUGAGGAAGCGAUGCGGUUCGCCAGGCGGUCGGUAUCUGACAACGACAUUCGCAAGUACGAGAUGUUCGCCCAGACGUUGCAGCAGUCGCGCGGCUUCGGCACCAACUUCCGGUUCCCGCAGAGCGCGGGCGGUCAAGCGGGGGCGCCGGAUACCGCCGGCGACCAGCCGAACUUCCAGGAUGAUCCGGAGGACGAUCUAUACAGUUAGGCGCCGGCCCGUCGAAGUGGGGCUUCAAUAAGCACCAAUUUUAUCGAUUAUAUUUCUUUUGUAUUUAUUUACACAAUAUUAAAAUACAUCAGUUAGAUACAGUUUAAAUUCAUUUGUUGAUAUAGUUUUGGAAUAUAAUAAAGUUUGUCUAAAAAGAACCUGUGUUUGUAUCGAGUAAUAGGAAAACUUGUGCUUGCCUAAUAAACAUACAC